UACGGAAAUAAAUCCGCUGAGUUUGUUCACAAUGGCAAUAUGCAUAUUUUGUAAACGUUAGUGUAUUUGUUUGCUCAGUUGUGCAGUUCUCCGUCAGUAUGUCUCUGUUGUUGUAAGACUUGUGGGCUCUGGCACAUAUAAAUAGUUUAACAUCUAGCUGUUACCUCUGUAGUUCACCGCAUCUUAAAUGAGAUAUGGUGCUGUGCUUCUUAAUCCAAACGGUGUGUCCGGUGAGCGCACUGUCCACUGGCGAGAGCCGGAUACUCUACUCGCGUGUAUUCGGACCAGAGACCGCAGAUGGCCGUGACUUCACACCGGAGCACAGACGAUUGAUGCAGAAAGAGAAACUUCACAUGGUAACGAGGCAGGUACGAAGUGCUGUGACUCUAAGCAGGGAGGCCUCAGGCAAUCUGUGUGUGGAAGCUGUGCUGGGUGAGGAGGCUGUGGCACUGGGUGAAGCCGAGAGUGGUGUGUUUUCUCUGGGCAACGCAGACUUGUUUCCAGAUCGGAGUGUUGUUCUGUGGCUGGGGGUGCAGUCUCUUGCAUUCACUCUGGUCUGCAGACCCCACGAGAAUCUUUUGCUUGCAGAAGGAACACUUCGCAGCAUUGCACGUCACUGUCUAGAGGAACUACGUCUGCUGGGACCUGGUUCUGAGGUAUUGCUGAAAAGUGAUCGAGUGGACGCAGUGUUGCAGAGACUCCUUCCUCAUGGUCAGCUCCUUUUCCUCAACCACCGUUUUGCCUUCAGCUUGGAUAAAGAGAUAGCAAGCUACGUGAGCAAAUGAGAGAGUGUGUGUACUGGUAUAAUUACAUUGGCGAGUGUUUGCCACCUAUUUUGAGAGUAAUGUAUAAACUGCCUUUUGAUAUAGGAGAUUCGAGAAAUCACUUCUCAGGAGAUGCAAUGCACAGUCCUGUAGGUGUUUAAAAAGUAGAAGAUAGCACCCACAAAGUGUACUGUUAACCAGUUUUUCCCUAUGAGGAUACCAGAGGGCACCAGUUCUAAAUAGUAUUCAGUAGAGUGGUUCUAAAGGUGUAAAUAGCCCAUUCAAGUGAAUGCUGUACUGAUUUUGACUUUUACACAUUUGAGAGGACAUCUCUGUUGUGUGUGUUUGUGUGCAUGUGUGCAAGAGACCUUGUUUUUCUGCCCUUUACAGCUGUUUUAUUUGCAUGUGUGUUGUACAGCCUUGCAACCCAUCCUGUAUUACCAGCCCAUUAACGCAGAAUGAUUUGUGAGUACUGGGGUAACUUGCCAUAGCAGAUCAUUUUAUAACUUUAUUAUAAAAUUGUUAAUAUAUGGCUGAAUUUAUAUGAAUUCUGAGUGGGUGUUUCAGAAUAAAACCUGUGCGUUUAUAUUUAUAUAGCUCUACACUAGAGGGCAGUGUUGCAUUUUAUUGUUUGCUGCAUGUUGCAUUUCAGUGAAUUGCAUAGCAAUUAGAAUAAUCCUUCAACACUUUUAUCUAAAAUAAUUAAAUGGAUCACAGCAGUGUGCCUGCCAACAGAUCUUAGAUGACUGAUUGACAAGGCUGUAUGAAGCCUUCAUAUCUAGGCCAACAGAGCAAUCACUCAAAUCCAGAAAAUCCAUAUUUAGCCUCUGUUUUCUCUGAUGUAACCAUGAGUUACCUCUGUCCCCAUGCUGCACUUGAAAUGAAGGGAGGUUAAGGAUGAAGUCCACUUAUAGUAAGUGUGAGGCCAGUAAGUGUAACACAAGAACUGUGGUUCAAUAUGUUGACUGGUAAGUGUGAGUGGUUUCCUGUUCAAGAGUUUCUCGUGUCAUCUGUCUUACAGACUGUGUUGUUGGUAUUCUGCCUGCAUCAAGUAAGACAAGAGCCCUGUUAUGGCUAUAUUUCCAUAGCUGUGAAGAGCUGUUGAGUGACACUCAAAAUAAAUACACCUAUAGCACAUUAACAUAGCAAAGAAAAUUACAUAUUACGGAAGUCUGUGCAGUCAGAUAUAACUCAAAUUUAUCAAAGUGUUUACAUCACAUCAUUUUGUUUUAUCAUUAGAUGUUUUCCCUUCGAUAAAAGCUUCUUUGCAAAGCCUGCAUUACAUUGUGACAGACAGUAUCACAAAACAGUCUGUGCUUUAAUGUUAAGAUGAGGGAUCCUGUUAAAUAUGUGGUCUUUAUGAACUGGGGAGUUUUGAAUUCUGAAGGUUCUAAAUUCAUAUUUCCAAAAGAUCUUAAAAAUUUGCAUUUCUUAUGGUACGACCCCUGUAAUGUCAAAAACUAUCCACCUCUUUCCUGAAUGCCAAGUGUUCCCUGAUUAAUAACAGAAGAAUAUUUUUGAUUUCUGGUCUCUAGUGUUUUCACUGUCAUCGGUGCAAAUUCUAGUGGAUAAUGUGAUGUUAAGCAUAUUAAAUGUUUGAACAUUUCCACCAAAAAAAAACCAUGUGCCUCCAUAGUAAAAGUUUAAGGAGUGGGUAGAUGACAUGAAGCGAUGGUCAAGGUUUGUUAUGUUGACAUUAUCUAAUAACUAACUACUUUAUGUUGUUAUGACAGCCAACAACUGCAUAAAUUUAGUCUUAACUCAUUUUCACUCCAGCUAACACUUACACUGAUGAGCCAAAACAUUAUGGCCACCUGCCUAAUAUGCUGUUGGUUCUCCACAUGCCGCCAAAACAGCACCGACCCGCCAAGGCAUGGACUUUACAAGACACCUGAAGGUGUCCUGUGGUAUCUGGCACCAAGACAUUAGCAGCAGAUUGUUCAAGUCCUGUAAGUUGCGAGGUGGAGCCGCUGUGGAUCGGACUUGUUGCACAUCCCACAGAUGCUCAGAUUGAGAUCUGGGGAAUUUGGAAGCCAGGGCAUCUUAAACUCUUCAUCAUGUUCCUUAAACCAUUCCUGAACAAUGUGUGCAGUGUGGCAGGGCGCAUUAUCCUGCUGAAAGAGGCCACUGCCAUCAGGAAAUACCAUUGCCAUGAAGGGGUGUACCUGGUCUGCAACAAUGUUUAGGUAGGUAGCACGUGUCAAACUGACAUCCACAUGAAUGGCUGGACCCAGGGUUUCCCAGCAGAACAUUGCCCAGAGCAUCACACUUCCCCAGGUAAACGGCGCACAUGUACACGUCCACAUGUUGUAAAAGAAAACAGGACUCAUUGGACCAGACGACCUUCUUCCACUGCUCCAAGGUCCAGUCCCGAUGCUUAAUUCAAAAACAUUUUUAGUAUAGGACAAUGGUGACGGCGUGGAUACACUACACAGUUUCAAGAUGUCACUUUUCUGUUAGGCCUGUAUGAAGAGUGAAAAAUAGUGUUUAGAUCAGGGUUCACAGACACAGAUGAGGUCUCAACCUGAAUUAAAUUGUGCUGAGAUUUUAGGAGGAUUAGUUGGCAAAUUGUCAGAAAAUGGUCAAUAUAAUAGUUGAACAACAAAUAAAAGAUAAAUGCAAUAUGAUUGUUAUUGUUUUAGCUAUUUUUGAAGCAAUGUAAAAAAAAAAAAAAAAAAGAUGUUAAGAUGCAUACAUUUAAUGAGACUUUGAUACAACUUGUUAAAUAAAUUAAUAGUUUUGCCAUUGAUUCCACUGGAAACAGUGAAACCUUACAUGGAACUGGAACAUGGAUUUACUUUGGCCACAAAGAAAAAAAAAAAAAGAAAAAAACGAGAGUGGACGUUACAUGCUAAUUUAAGAAAACCACAACGUUGAACAGAAGUUCAUAUAUAAAUUAUUUCAUUUGGGAGGCAUGUGCAUAUAGACACACUAUUGCUGGUUCUUUUCACAAACAAAUCAGCAUUAUCAUUUCAAGAGAGUAAAUGCAAGACAAUUUAUCCUUUAUGGUUACUCCUUUGUUGAUUAAACGUCCACAAAAUAUUUUAUGCCUUAUCCACACCAACACAUUCAUCCAAGAGGUAUUUUCAAAAAGUGUUAAUGUAUGGGAGCAAAACAAAAAUGCAAUUACUGCAGAAAUCAUAGAGCGUUUCUUGGUAUAUUUAGAUCCAGUUCAGCUGUGAAAUCUGUUAUUCAGCUGUCUGAUGAUUCUGUCCUAAAUUGAGGAAUAUUCUCCCCGAGGUUUAAUGAAAGCCUCAAGUAAUCACAUUUAAAUUUUGCUUCAGUUUUGUGCCGAUUCUCAGCUCUACUACUAGCACUAUCUUUUACCCUGUCACAAUAAGGGACAGGUUUCACAUGAAAAUCUUUGACAGGAGGUCAAUUUUUUUCUGUCAAAAUCUUUGCUUUCUGAAUGUCCAAACCGCCCUCCAGCUGGCCGAAGCUGGAAGUACAGUUGUGUGCAUGCACAACAGUAUUAGGACCAAAACUGCGUUAAUUCAAUUAAUGCAGGCAGACCGAUUUUCUGAAACAUUUGAAUAGUAAUUACAUUAAUAUAGUCCUAAACCUAUCAAUAAACCUAACCAUAACAGUACUAGGACCAAAACAGCAUUCAUUCACAUUCAAACUACACUUUGUGAUGGCAAAAAGCAACUAUUUAUCUAUUGACAGCCAUUCAAAAGUAGCCUAUGACUAAAUAAAAUGUUUUCCAAUACAGAUUUAAAUUGCAAUUAUUUCAUUACUUUUAUAGCACUCCC